AUGCAGCUGAAUGAGAGUGGAGUUCAAUCCCUGGCUCCAGAGCUGUGUGAGCAGCAAAUACUACAAGAGGACAACACCGGCAAUUGUAGCGGAGGCUCCACUGGCAACCUGUCGCUGCACUGCUGGCUGCAACUCCUCACCAAGGAAUCUAUCCUAGAGUUGCAGGGAGACGGCUCCAGCGUAGUAGUGCGGGUUAUGAUAGCAUGUGUCUACUCUAUAGUGUGUGCACUGGGGCUGGUUGGAAACUCGCUGGCUCUGUAUCUGCUCCACUCACGCCACAGGCAGAAGCAGUCAUCCAUCAACUGCUUUGUGAUGGGACUGGCUGUGACCGACUUGCAGUUUGUUUUGACUCUGCCGUUCUGGGCCGUGGACACAGCCCUGGACUUCCGCUGGCCAUUUGGCCGCAUCAUGUGUAAGAUCAUCAGCUCUGUCACCACCAUGAACAUGUACGCCAGUGUCUUUUUCCUCACAGCUAUGAGUGUGGCACGCUACUACUCCAUCUCCUCUGCGCUGAAGAUGCACAGCCGGCGGCUCGCAGCCACCAGGGCCAAGUGGACUAGCUUGGGCAUCUGGGCUGUGUCUCUGUUGGCCACGUUGCCCCAUGCUGUCUACUCCACCAGCGCCCAGGUGUCAGACGAAGAGCUGUGCCUGGUCCGUUUCCCAGAUUCAGGAAGCUGGGAUCCUCAGCUUCUUCUGGGGCUGUACCAGCUGCAAAAAGUCCUGCUGGGCUUCCUUAUUCCUCUGGUAAUUAUCACUGUCUGCUACCUGCUGCUGCUGCGUUUCGUCCUCAGCCGUCGCAUCACAGGGGCUGCCAGCGUUGAGGUUAAGCAGGGCCAGCACAGGCGCUGCUCCAAAGUCACCAAGUCUGUUGUCAUCGUGGUCCUGUCCUUCUUUCUGUGCUGGCUUCCCAAUCAGGCGCUGACACUGUGGGGAGUGCUCAUUAAGUUUGACCUUGUGCCAUUCAGCAAGGCAUUCUACAAUGCACAGGCUUACGCCUUCCCCCUGACUGUAUGUUUGGCACACACCAAUAGCUGCCUAAACCCCGUGCUCUACUGUCUCAUCCGCCGGGAGUUUCGGGCAGGUCUCAAGGAGCUGCUCCUCAACACCACACCAUCCUUCAGGAGCCUGACUCAUCUGCUGCCUCGCAAGGCCAAGGUGGCCGAGGCCCCACCUGUUCUGGUGCUGGUCCAGAUGGACGUGUGA